CUGUGUUGUCCAGCAUGGGUACUUUGAAUGGGAAUUGUCAAAACAUUCAAGGAAAGGAGCCUUUUGCACAUGCGUGUGACGAAAGGUUUCAAGGGGCGUUUCUCUCUCUCUAUUUUUAAUGUCUUGGCACAUACGGAGAACGAAGACAACCAACCUAAAGAAAACAACACGACUAAUCGGUUUCUUUUCAACAGUGAAAGAAAGUAGCAAACUCGCGGCGGCUUCUUUACCGUCUCGCCCUCCGAUGUGCGCUGCGACAACUCGCACUGACGUCAUGCAUUUACCUUGUGCGUGAUUCGAUUUUUUUCCUGCAUCACCUCUUCCCCCGGAGAAUAUUCUUCGCUCUCUAAAAUAGUGAACACCAAAAAGUGUUGGCGGCAAGACACAAUAGACAGUCUCAGCUUUCCGCUUUUGCACGAGACACGACUGUUCCUAAACAGAGAAUUGCACGGAAUUUUCAAGGUCUCUGGAACGAAGCGAGUAGUUGUAGCUGUUGCCUUCGUUGUCUUGCCGGUCUCCGGUAAUUUCUUUUGUUUUCGUAAGCGGAAGGUAAGCGGGUCCUUUUGUUUCCUUUUUUUUACUGAUAUUUUGACAAUUUCGUCCACUUCGGGUGCUCCAACCUGGUUUUUCUCCCUCCUGCGUCAUUCCCCAGAAUCGCCCUCGCGAUGGGUGGAGGAGUCAGCCGGGACCGGCAAGAGCCCUCUAGCCGACUGAGUUACGGCCCUCAGCAGGUUGUUUUCAUUCCUGCCAGCCAGAAUCCGAACGUGGGGGGCCGAGCUGGAACUUCCAACGUUCCUCUUCAGCAGCCAACAGACCCUCGAUUCGACCCGCAAAGUGAAGUUCCUGUACCGAAUCCGGAAGCUGUUCCGCGGCUCAGUGUACAGCAGACUUGCGUGGUCAAGAACCCAGUCAACUUGCACAAGCACUCCCUAAAAUGCUUCCACGACCCCUCCUACCCCGACCGUCUAUUUGUCUCCUUCUUGUUGGAUUCCACAACUGAAGUUGACAUUUCCGUUCACUACUACGCUCAACAACUUACAGAUGCGGCAACAGGCGCGCCCACUUUCGUUUCUCGACUUUCUCGUCCAACCUCUGAAAGCUCGCGGCGCUUCCCUGCAGCAAUGAACCAGCACUUCUGCACAACUGCCGAAGAAGCUCUUUUGCUCUCGGAGUUGCAUCAGCAGCAAGCGGUUCUGGACAGUGAGGACGAGGACGAAGACGGCGGUGUCUACCCAAUCACCGUUUGUCUUCGAUCCGUCCCGCCUGCCCAGUCGUCUGGUGCCUACCAGCCGACUAUGGUGAAAAACCAGUACACUUUCGCUCGGAUCCUUCGCGCUCCGCGGGGCGGGCCCGCCACAGGAACUGAUCCAGCGGCAGCCGAUGCGUCUGCGAGUAGCAGCGCUGGGAAUUUCGGCACUUCCUCCCCAGGACAGGAUUGGCGGGCUCAGAUUGUCAAACAGAAGAUCCAGUUUGGCACACGAACUUUCGAGGUUCAGGAAAUCUUCGGCAUCGAGCGAGGGAACAGCACGGAGAUGCAGCGGUUGCCGUCUGGAACACGUGGCGGCAACGUUGGAGCCAGCUCGGGCGGCGACGAGUCAGACAGCAGAAACUCCGGGGAUUGCCAAGUCGACAAUCUCGCUGGGAGAGAGUGUGUGAUUUGCCUGGCUGAGGAACGCAACACGGCGGUCCUGCCGUGCCGCCACAUGUGCCUUUGCAGCGGCUGCGCGAACAUCAUGAGGAUGCAAAGCAACAAAUGCCCCAUCUGCAGGCAACCUGUAACGUCGCUACUCCAAAUCACCAUGAAAACAAAUCCGGAGUAGGCGACGGGAACCCUACAGUUUUUUUUAUUCCACCCCUUGUGUGGUUCUCGUGUUUUGUGCAUGCACAUGCCACAGCUUGGCCAUGUUGUCAUGCGGUAUAAGCGAUCUCCAGCGACGGAGAGCACUGUUCCUAAUCUUUACAGCUCCUCAAAUGCACCGAACUGAACGAACGCUUGUUCCGCAUCCUGUCUGACGUUUUCAGUAUGAAGGCAUUCAUUUUCUCGGCAGGGUGCAGCUACGACAGGGGCACUUUUUGCACGUUCACGCAUCACCAAGUUUAACUUCUGUUUGUUGCCUUGGUGGACCGCGGCGCCGUUUGAAAAGCAGAAUAGCUCAACUAAAAAGAUCUGUGUAUUCGUGCAUUCGCGGCGCAGGAUG